GGGCAUCUUAACAUUCCUGACACUCCCGGAUCACUGACCACAGAUGUGGGAUGAGAGAAGAGAUGAGAGAGAAUGAGAGAAGAUAAGAACUCCAGUUGAUCUGAUCGUUACCAUUCGUUGUGUUCUUCUUUCCUUCAAGAAAACAGAAACCUCUAAUCUUGUUUUGGGACAGCGAGUUCAUGAGUUGUUGAUUGAGCCUGUUGUGAUUCGGUGUUCAUUUCUUUUUCUGACUAUGCGUCAUCAACAGUCAGACCCAUCACAGCGCCAGUUUACCUGAUUCAGUUGGACGUGACUUUGGGCUCUUGUUUGGACUUCUAGUACGGCUCAGCUCUUUUCUUCUCUUUACAUUUUCCCGACAUUUUGAAUCGUCACACUUGGUCUGCUUCUAUUUGUCUAUCCCUUAUUACAGCCCAGUUUCUUCCAGACCAACCCAGCCAAGCCGCCACCAUGCCCGUCCGCAUCAUGUGCAGCAUCUCCUUCUCGGCCGACGACGAGCCCAGAGGACUGGGAAAAGACGGCUUCCACGACCACUACCGCAAGGGGAUCAAAUCCGGUGAUGGCGACGGUCGGGGGGAUUACCGGGAGGACGGGUGUGAUGAAUUGGACGUUUACGAUGAAGAUGAAGAUGACGCCAGCGAGUUAGACAGCCUAGCUGCGUUCUUCGACGGCUGCUCGCUCCACGGCGCCAACCACAUCUUCGCAGAAGACAAGAAGUUCAGCGUGCGUCAGGGCCUCUGGGCCAUCGUCUUCCUGCUAGCUCUCUCUGCUUUCCUCCUCCAGGUGUUCGACCGUGUCAUCUACUACCUGUCCUACGAUCACGUCACAAUGUUGGACGAGAGAAAUGCCCCAAACUUGACCUUCCCGGCCGUCACCUUCUGUAACUACAACUACUUCCGCCGCUCCCAGAUCAGUUAUAGUGACCUGUUGUUCAUGGGCCAGCUGCUGGGGUAUGAAGACAACAUGGCCCCUGGGAUCCCCCUGGCCCCCGAGCCCGACCGCCAGGGAUCCAGGUUCAGCCUCGAUGAGUUCCACAACCGCACCAGACAUCGUAUAGAAGAUAUGCUGCUGGAGUGCAACUUCAGAGGGAAAGAGUGUGGCCCAGAGGCUUUCAGAGAGAUCUUCACCCGUUAUGGGAAGUGCUACACAUUCAACUCUGGUCAAGAUAACCGACCGCUGCUGGUGACCAUGAAGGGAGGGAUGGGGAAUGGACUGGAGCUGAUGUUGGAUAUCCAACAGGAUGAAUACCUGCCCGUCUGGGGAGAAACAGAUGAGACGUCAUUUGAGGCAGGCAUCAAGGUCCAGAUCCACACCCAGGACGAGCCACCCUUCAUUGACCAACUGGGCUUUGGAGUGGCCCCAGGCUUUCAGACCUUCGUAUCUUGUCAGGAACAACGGCUGACGUACCUGCCUCCCCCAUGGGGUGAUUGCAAGUCCACUCCCAUGGACUCUGACUUCUUCAGCUCCUACAGCCUCACGGCCUGCCGUAUCGACUGUGAGACACGUUACCUGGUGGAGAACUGUAACUGCCGCAUGGUACACAUGCCUGGAGAUGCCCCAUACUGUACCCCAGAGCAGUACAAGGAGUGUGCCGACCCUGCCUUGGACUUCCUGGUGGAGAGAGAUAAUGACUACUGCGUGUGUGAUACACCCUGCAACAUGACGCGCUUUGGAAAGGAGAUGUCCUUCGUCAAGAUUCCCAGUAAGGCCUCAGCCAAGUACCUGGCCAAGAAGUACAACAAGACUGAGCAAUACAUUGCUGAUAACAUCCUGGUCCUGGAUAUCUUCUUUGAGGCUCUGAACUACGAGACCAUCGAGCAGACGAAAGCUUACGAGUUUGCUGGGUUGCUGGGUGACAUUGGUGGUCAGAUGGGUCUCUUCAUAGGAGCCAGUAUCCUCACCAUCCUGGAGCUCUUUGACUACCUAUAUGAGGUGAUCAAGUACAAGCUGUGUCGGUGCUCAAAUAAGAAACACAAACGCAGCAACAGCAACGACCGGGGAGCAGUUCUGAGUCUGGAGGACGUCAAACGCCAUACGCCCUGUGAGAACCUGCGUACGCCGGGUACGUAUCCUGCCAACAUGCUUCCUCACCAUCCAGCACAGGGCAACUUCGAAGACUUCACAUGCUGAGCCAAUCAGGAGAAAGCAGGAAGUACCUGAGCCAAUCAGGACAAGAGGAAGGAGGAAUAACCUGGCUGGCAGUAUGCAACCAAAGUCAACCAUACAACAAGAAUAUCUGAUGUGAACGGAUUCUCAAUAUGGAAACUUUUCUUACUAUCUGAAAGGAGGGGGAAAAUAUCAACAAUCACAACAAUCACAUUAAGUGGAGAAGAAGAAGAUUAUUCCAAACAUAAAUAUCUGUAAAAGUUCCAGAACAUUUUUGGGAAUUUGGAAUCCUAAAAGUGAAUCCUGAAUGUUCUAUGUCUAUGUUUGGAAUAGAACCAGGAAACAAAGACUCUACUCUUCAAGAUCACACUGCAAAUAUGGACUUCUCACUCUAAAACAGACAGAUAUGGGAAAUGUAUCUAACUAGUGUACAGACCCAACACUGAACAAAAAACAUCAACAGAGCCUCAUGCCUUUAUAACAGCCAACACCUGGCUGUCAGUUGCUGAUGGCUGGCCUAUUAGGAUAGUAGUAUGGUGGGGAUCAAUUCCAUUUCAGUUCAGACAAUUAACUUCCCGAAUUGACUGAAUUGGAAUGGAAUUGACCCCAACCCUGGUCAGUGGAGAAAUGUUGUGCUUCACUCAACUCCACUGUAGAUGUAGCACCGUAACUGCUGUGAUGCUGCAUAGGGGUGCAGUUCCAGUGGGAGUCUCUCUGUCUGUUUUGAGAAUGUAGCCAUCUCCACAAUGGGUUACAUCAAUAACAACCAAGAUGAGUAGUGGAAGCAUUUAGGGAGAAGGUAGUAGAGAGCUCUACCAUUUAGUAAAAACGUAAUGGUGAACUUUUCAGGUCUCAUCUUGUAAAUGCAUGCUUGUAUAUCGUCUUCUGCAUGUAUUACCUUUUUUUAAAUUUUAUUAAUUUUUUCAUUUGCAUUAUUGCUGCCAAGUUUGCCUCGAUGAUACAGGAAGAAGAUGAUGCUCCCCUCCUAAUAGUGUGUGUGAAUGUGUGUGUGCGUAUGUGUGUGCGUGUGUUUGUGUAAUGAAAUGUGUUGGUUUGUGUGACCAGCCUGGUUGAAUCCACCAGCUAGCAGCUGAACCUCAUUCCAACAACACGCCUUGUUUCAUUAAUCCAUGUUAAAUGUGUGCCCUAUCCUAUAAUCCCAAAUCAUCCCCUAGCAACUAUGCCGUACGUACUUGUAUGGAGACAAUUCCACCUGUCACAGACAGAGCUUCCACAUUGUGUAUGCCUAUCCAGUCCUCUCAGUUCUACAGUGCCUAGGGAGUAGUAGGGGCUACGGUUUGACAUGGGAUUUAGGAAUGAGUUGUGAGAUGUGUUAUUUCCAGCCUAUUCAUUUACCCAUGUUCUUGACUGACAUAAGGGGUGUGUGGGGAGUUUUCCAGAAAUCAGUUCGUUUUGGUUUUCCUUGUAAUUCUGUGAGGGUUUUGAAAUGUUCUGUAUCUGUGUUCUAGUCGCAAAUAUGUCAUUAUCAAAGCACAAUUACACCGAUAUGUAGAGGUGAUGAUGUAAAAGAAAAGUAGAUGAAUUCUUAUGGAUAUUCUCAUACUACCAAUGUUUUUUAUUAUUACUCUGUAACAGUUUUUUGGUUUGUUUUCUUUGCUACAGAAUAGGGUUGCAAAAUUGCAGUAACUUUCCAAACAUUUCCAGUUUUUUUUCAGAAAUUCCCGGAAUCAGGAGGGAAUCUUCCGGCUGGAAAUCCUUCGCACGGGAUUUCCGGAAGACCUGGGAAUUUGGGGAAAGUUACCGGUAUUUUGUAACCGUACUACAUAAACAUACAUAUUGCCUGAUAGUCCAGUCUCCAUCAGGUUACAGGCUGUUCUAUUUAUCUAACAAAGCAUAUUAUAAUAAAAUUUAAAUAUCAUUUUGAACAUUUA